UUUCAGUGAAGCUGUAUAUACUAACGUUUAUAUACAAUAUCGUGCAAACUCUAUGUACUCAAGCCAUAAUACGCACAUGCACGCCUUUUAAAAAUGAAUACACAAAGGUUUAAAACAGAUGGAUGAGAGAAAAAUGUAUGCGUGCAUGGCUCGCUAUAUAUUUUGUAUGUGUAUUAUGUUAUAUUAUCAUCGAUGUCUUGUAUUAGGCAUGAUACAAAGGGAUACAACGACCAAUAUAGAAGCUUUCGACGAACAGAAAGCACUGCAACAAGCUCUUCUUCUUGUCGAACUUCUCAAGUCAGAAUACACUCGAGUUCUACGAGAGAAUAAGGAAAUGCAAAGUAAUAGAUUACUAUGGGAAGAAGGGUCCAUAACGUGUGCCACAACUAAAAACCAGAAAAUUGAGAGAGCACCGGCUACACCAUUGGUCCAUCAUUGGCCGCGUCGAGUUGAUUCAAUUUUAUCAGCUCGGCGAAAAUGGAAACGGCGCGACCCGCAAAUAGAUUCAAACUUAUAUUAUGAUAUACCCGCUCGAAGAAAUUAUUACAAUGAAGAAGACAAGGAGAACGCUGGUGGGUGGCGAAGGUUUCAAUACGAAGAUGCAUUUGGACCACAACCGGGCGGCAUCAAUAUAUCUCGUACUACAUCAUCUGCAUCACCUUCUAUUAACUCAUCAUCACCUCUAAAUGCAGCAACUACUUCUAUAGCAGGCACUGAAAAAGAUAAUUUAUUGACCGUGUCAAGUUCCUCAUUUGCGGUUUCAACACCAAAGACCUCACCAUCCGAAAUAACAGCAUCGGUUACCGCGAGCACCAUGAAGGCCACCGUAACAACACCUUUAACAACUUUAAGCCGUACGACUGGAAGAAUAAUGCUGUUAUUUUCUAGAAAAAACACCAGCACUGCGUUCAAUGUUUUAAACUCUAAUGACGACGGCAAGCUACAAUCAAAAGCAGAAAAUUUAGUGUCAUCUACAAAAUUAGGCGCACAGAAUCACUUGAAAUUAUCAAAUGGUACACCGCGCGAUUCAGAGCUAGCACUGUCACAAGCGGCAGCUGAACUAGAGAAAGAACUUGGUCCGAACUUUGGAAACUGGAAAAAUAGAAUGACGCGAAAAAUACCUAAAAUAUGGCAGGCUUCCACAAGAGUACAUUUAGCACGUAGCACACGCUACCCAAUUCCUUUACCAGAGAACCAUGCUUUUUGUUAUACGAAUCCUUAUAGUGCAUUAUGUCGAACUUUUAUAUAAAAAUAAGAUUUUUAAAACUUUAUCAUUCGAGAAUACUAUA